AUGAACGACCUCGCACAAGCCGUCGCUUUCCUAGAAUCGCUUAAUCUCGCUCAUGGCGACCUACGACCUGAAAAUAUUUUACUUGAUCGUGACCGAUUAAAAGUGUCAGAAUUUGAUUGUACGGCGGAAAUCGGGACAGAUUUUGAAGCCUGCAUGGCCCCGUAUGGAAGAAUACUCAACAGCGACGAGCUGGAUCAAGGACAACGUGGGAGUUCCGGCUUCCUAGGCCCUCGAACCGAACAAUUCGCCCUCGGUUCCUUGUUCUACCUCAUAAACUACGGCUUUGAGGUUUAUGGAGAUCGAUGUCUUACCGAGAAUCCUAACGAGCACGGACGCAAGGUUGUGGACUUACUGCAGAACAUGGAAUUUCCAAAGUUAGAUCGUGAUCCGUUAAUUGACAACAUUAUCAACAAAUGCUGGCACAACAAUUAUGCCACGAUUGCGGAAUUGGCCGCAUACACAGAUACGCUUCUUCCUGGAAAAACCAUCAGGAGGGAGACCAAGGCCGAAACAAAAUCCGUUCCCGAAUGGCGUAUGGGCGGGUUAUGGAAUAGUUUCAGAUCUUGGUGGGCGUUAGUGCUCUAUCGCACCAGCGAGGCAACCAACCCUGAAGUAGCCAAUGACAGACAGCCGGAUGACUAUAGCCAUGACACGGGUCAAAACCGCUCGGCAGAGGAUUUCUCUUCGAAAAAAGCGUUCUGCCAGAGCUUGGAGAAGCGUGGGCUUCGUCAUAAGCUUUCUUUGGGAGAGCCAGAGCAACUUGGAUUCACUACCGAGUGGUAUAGACAUUCCAUGAGUUGA